AUGAGUCCAGGCAGCCGUUGGCUCUGCCCAGCGCCUGCCGAUUGGCUCGGCAGCCCGCGGGGGACCGAUAAGGGCGGCUAUAAAAGCCCUCGCCACGCUGGUCCCCCAGCCAGCAGCAGCCAGAGGGGCCAGGCUGCGCAUCCCCCAGCCUCGCCAGCAUCCAGCCUCUCUCCACCCGGGAGCUCCCAGCCGGAUCCACAGCCUCACUCCAGCCGGAGUGGAAGAGGAGAGAAAGACACACGCACAUACACUCCAAAAAAAAAAAAAAAACCAAAAAACAAACCACACUUAGCGGAAACUUGUCAGAGAAUGCUCCUAAAGUCUGGUUUGCUCCUGCUGCUGGUGAUCAGUGCGUCUGCAUCCUAUGAAGCUGAACAGAAUGACUCUGUGAGCCCCAGGAAACCCAGGGUUGCAGCCCAGAACUCAGCUGAGGUAGUUCGCUGCCUGAACAGUGCCCUCCAGGUGGGCUGCGGGGCCUUCGCCUGCCUGGAGAACUCCACGUGCGACACGGAUGGCAUGUACGACAUCUGCAAGUCCUUCCUGUACAGCGCUGCUAAAUUCGACACUCAGGGAAAAGCUUUUGUGAAAGAAAGCUUGAAAUGCAUUGCAAAUGGGGUGACGUCCAAGGUGUUCCUUGCCAUCCGGAGGUGCUCCACGUUCCAAAGAAUGAUCUCCGAAGUGCAAGAGGAGUGCUACAGCAAGCUGGACAUGUGCGGCAUUGCGAAACGAAAUCCUGAAGCCAUCACGGAGGUCAUCCAGCUUCCAAAUCAGUUCUCAAACCGGUAUUACAACAAGCUGGUGAGAAGCUUACUGGAGUGUGAUGAAGAGACUGUCAGCACCAUCAAGGACAGCUUGAUGGAGAAGAUUGGCCCCAACAUGGCAAGCCUCUUCCACCUGCUGCAGACAGACCACUGCGCCCAAGGCCACCCGCGGGCAGACUUCGCCAGGAGACGGAUCACCGAGCCGCAGAAGCUCAAACUCUACUUCAGGAACCUCCGAGGUGAGGGGUCCGUCCCGGCCCACGCGAAGCGCAGCUCCGCCGAAAGCGCGUAACACCUCGGGGGAGCCACGCUGGGUGUGUAAGGGAUGCGAAGCGCUACCAAAGCUGAGGUCUCUCUUCUAGAGGAGGAAUGCACCCAACCCAAGUGUACUGUAGCUAGUUUUAAUAACGACUAGGAACUGGUUUUAGAUUUAGUCAUUCAUAUUUUCUAUUCCUCUCGAACAAAACUUUUUGCAUGGGUCUGUGUUCAGUGUCUCAGCUUUCCUGCCAUCAAAACGUCUCCAUCUCUUUUCUUCCCCACAAAAAAAAAAAACAAAAUCACACAAACAAAAAAAAAGAUAUUCCUGAACGAUCUUAGUCUUAAAUAUAACCGUACAGUAGUCAGGCCUUCAGACAUCGAACCCUAAACGUACUGUAGUGCUAACACCAGUGAAGUCUGAAGAGUUGGCACCGAGGAGGAUAGCUUAUUCUCUCUUGUAGUAAGCGGGUAGGCGGCGAUAGAUGCACUACUAACUAUUGCACAUCCUAAAGAUGUCGGUGGAAUUCGUGUUAUGAAUCUGUGCUGGCCAUGGACGAAUAUGAAUGUCAUAUUCCUGGUCUCUUAGUGUCAUGCAGUCCUAACCCUUCCAACAGAGCUCUUCUUCACCCGUGGAUUCACCAAACUCGCUAGCUCUGGAUGAGUCUAGUUACCGUGACCUGGCACCACAGAGCAAAAUGAGUUAAAACUAAACCCCCCACCCCCCCCCUCCCCAGCACACACCAAAUCAGGAAAAGAACAUUUUGUACUACGGAAACGAUUAAAAGAGGUGCCAGUCUAUGGCUGAAGCUAGUCAGAAGGUUACAUAAGCCUGCAUUGUAUUUAAAAGCUAACAUCUAUGUACUGUAUUUAACUGUCUAAAGCUUUAAAAGAAAUCUAACAAAAACAAACCCUGUCUUAAGACUAGAGUAUUAAAGGUCUUGCUCUAACUGUGGUAUAAAUAGUUUUAAAAUCUGUCAUGUACUGUACAUAAAUUCCACGAGAGUCUGCUUGAAAGGAGCAGAAUAUAGUAACUUUAUUGCAUAAACUUAGUUUUGUAAGUUAGCUAUUUCUUUUUUUCCUGGAAACAGUUAUCUCUGUUGUAUUGCAGAGUUCACAUUCUACUCCGUGGCCUUUUUAUAAUGGAAGAGAGAAAAAUGUUUAGGACAGAAAUUACAGGGCCAGAAGAAAUGAGCGUCUCAUAAUUAAAACGGGGGGAGGGGGGGCAGGGGGGGAGGAAGAAGAGUUCAGGCUGGCCAGCCCUCGCUCCACGAGACGUAGCACAGCCCAGGCACAAGCGCUGCUGGGGAGAAUUAUCAGAUGGCUGACAAAAAGCCACCUGGGGAUCCCAUAGCUGCCUUCAGAAAGUUGAUUUCUGGGGAGAGGCAGGAGGAAAAAUUUAAAAAAAUUAAUAAUUAAAAAAAAAAAACCCUUAAAUUCGCUGAAGUUUCAGCAGUAAAGCAGCGUGCCUGCCUGGAGAGGAGCCCUGCGUUGCUGCUCUCGGCGCUGCCUUUCCUGCCAUCCAGCUCUCCUGCAGCCGGGGCGGACGGGAGCGGAGCCGCGCGGCUGGGCCACCCCAGCGCCCUGCACAGUAGCCUGGCCGGGCUUCGGCGAGCCAAAAAAAGCCACAUUGCGGCAGGCCAUCAGCGAGGCCAGCUCCACGCUCCAAAUCUAUCCCGUUACAGUCUGCCUGCAGAGUGGAUGACUCUUGCUCAACUAGUUAGAGAGCUAAGAAAGGAGGGAAUCUAUUUUUCUUUUCAAAAUCUAAAGCAAUAUAACUUUUUUUUUUUUUAAACCACAAAGCCUUUAAACAAUAACUUGCUGCUAAUAUAUUGAAAACAGAUGCAGUGGCAGCAUUUCUAAUAUUGCUGUCUUCAUUAAAUGUAGCCCAAAAGUGCUGUCAUAAAAUUGUAAGCAGCAAAAAAUGUUGCUGACGGUAGAGGGUUGUUGGUUUUUUUUUUGGUUUUUUUUUUUUUAAUACUCUGAAUCGUGCCAUCCAGGGCAAGCAAGAUGCAAUAUUGCUCAUUCUUAAAUCACAGUCAGGUAGAUAAGAGUCCAACACCAGGAAGUUUUGCAAGGUGAAAACCAAAGGCCCCUUGAAUAUCCUGACCCUGAAAGUUUGAUUUACGCUUAGGAACCGAUCCCAGAACCGCGCACGUGCCACUUCCCACCCUACAGCAUCCCCCCUCCCGCUGCACCGUUAGGAGACGAGGAUGACUAAAACAGGGACGUCUGCUGGGGUUUGUGCAUCAAUAUUGCUGUUUGGGGCAAGAGUUAUAGAAAAAUAAUAAUAAUUUUUAAAAAAAAGUCUUUACCUGGCUGGAGGCAGCGUCCAACCGACCGCCUGGAUGGCUGCGCCGGUGCGAUGGAGCCUCCCAGUUUGGGUACCCAGGGCCUCAGUGGGCUCCACCAGCAGAGCUCACUGGGGACAUCGAUGCUUCUCAUGGCCAGCGGCUUCUCUUGUUGCUUUGCGCAUCCAUUUCUACAAAAACCCAAAGACGGUUUAUAAAGGCGCUUGCAGGGCCAGGGAGGGGCCCUUUUGGGUUGUAGUAAUGAAUUAUUUUUUUUUUUUCCAGUAGGAAUUUAAGCUUGUUGCCCCCUGGAUACAGGUAGGGAGAUGACUGGGAAAAUAAUUCCCCCCGAUUCGAUUUGCUCUGGGACCACAGGUGACUGUGCAAAGCAAAGCCCAGCCGGGGGCACCCAUGGGUGCCCUGUGCCGGAGGGACCCUCAGCUGCAUCCCGAGGCUUUAGUAACAUCAGUUGGGUUGGUUUUUAUUUUUUCCCCAAUGCUGAAGCAGCAAGGAAGCCGCGAGCACACAUCCAUCACAUCUAAUUCCUGGGGUUCACCUUGCCUAACUUUUGCCAUCCAGCCUAAGCUGGUCGCUUAAAGCUCCCUCUUACUGGGGAGGGGGACGUGGGGGUGGGAGAGGUGCUUCCCAUGGACUGGGAAGGAUGCCUAGUUCCAAAUGGUUUGAAUGGUGAGAGAGAUCCCCCUGGGGAUGGGGAAUGACUCUCGAUGUUAAGUCCAGCUAUUUCACAUUUUAUUUAAUCUCUAAUGCUUUAUUUUUUUAAUCUUGCGUUCGUUGCAAAAUGAUUUCUCGCGGGGGUGGGGAGGGGCUUCUCUAGAAAUGUUUGCAUGAUUCUCAUUGUGAUUUGUUUGCACUUUAGAUGUUUUGUGCCAUUAUAAAUUUGCAUUAUGUAUUUAUAAUUUAAAGAUACUUAGAAGGGGAGAGAGUUUGGGGGUUUUGGUUGUUUUUGGUUUGGGUUUGGUUUUUUUUUUUUUUUGCUGAGUACUGGAAUAAACAGUGAGCAUAUCUGGUAUAUGUCAUUAUUUAUUGUUUAAAUUACAUUUUUAAAGCUCAGUGUGUUCAUAUAAAGGUUAUUUGAAACAUAUCAUAGUAAUGAGAAAGAUGCAAGUUAUUUUCUUUGCUUAUUUUUAUAAUUAAAGAUGCAUUACAUAAUGAGGCCUAUGUUGGAUUUUUCUUCUGCAAUGAAAUAAAAUGUCAAAUUUAAGGGG